UGCCGUGGAUAAAAGCGUACUCUGAUUCUGCGUCUUCAUUUCUGCUCCUCCUGUUUCCUAAUGGCGAGCGUCACCGUGUACGGUCCUCCCAUGUCCACGGCUGUCUGCCGCGUGCUCGCCUGCCUCUUCGAGAAGGAGGUCGACUUCAAGCUCGCCCGCGUCGACAUGGCCAAGGGCGAGCACAAAUCCCCCGACUACCUCAAACUCCAGCCCUUCGGCCAAGUUCCCGCUUUCCAAGACGAGCUCACCACCAUCUUCGAAUCAAGGGCAAUUUGCCGCUACAUCUGCGACAAAUACGCCGAGAGGGGCAACAAAACCCUAAUGGGCAAUAAAGAAGGCGGCUUCGUCGCGCGAGCUGCAAUUGAGCAAUGGCUGGAAGCCGAGGGGCAGAGCUUCAACCCCCCGAGCUCGGCUCUGGUCUUCCAGCUGGCGUUCGCGCCGCUCAUGGGGCUUAAGCAGGACCCGGCUGCCGUCGAGCAGAACGAAGCAAAGCUCGCGAAGGUUCUCGAUGUGUACGAUAAGCGGCUCGGCGAGAGCCGGUAUUUGGCCGGAGACGAAUUCUCCCUCGCCGACCUCUCCCACCUCCCCAAUUCCCACAUCCUAGUUAACAAGACGGAGAAGGGGCAGCUCUUAACGUCGAGGAAGAACGUCGGGAGGUGGUGGGAGGAGGUAUCGGCGAGGCCUUCUUGGAAGAAGGUCGUCGAGAUGCAGCGCGCGCUGCCUGCUUGAUAUUCGGUUUCUGUGGGUGUUUUCCUAUUUGCUUGUUGUUUCUUAUGCAGCUUCAAGGAACAAGUCUCGGAACCUGAAAACUUUUCAUUGUUGUUGUUGGUGAGCUUUAAAAAGAAUGCUAUGUGGUUCCUGUGAUUCAUCUUCGUUUCAAACUUUGUGAUCUGAUAUGUACUCAAUAAUAUCUUGCUAUCGAGUAAAGAGAUUGCUUGUGGUU